AUGAUCCUGACCAGUUUGGCAACUCUGAAAAGACUGAGAAAAUCUGCCAAUGCUAACGAUUUAGAAACAGUGCAGCAACUCUUAGAAGAUGGGGUUGACCCCUGUGCUGCAGAUGACAAAGGCCGUACAGCCCUGCACUUUGCCUCCUGCAAUGGCAAUGAUCGCAUCGUGCAGUUGCUUUUGGAUCAUGGGGCAGACCCAAACCAGAGAGAUGGACUGGGGAACACUGCAUUGCACUUGGCUGCCUGCACAAACCAUGUUCCCGUCAUCACCCUGCUGCUGCGUGGAGGAGCCAGAGUUGAUGCCCUGGAUCGAGCUGGGCGGACCCCGCUGCACCUCGCCAAGUCCAAGCUGAACAUCCUGCAAGAAGGGCUCUCUCAGAGCCUGGAGGCCGUGCGCCUUGAAGUGAAGCAGAUUAUCCAGAUGUUGCGGGAAUACCUAGAGCACCUUGGGCAGCAUGAGCAGCGGGAGCAGCUGGAUGAUCUUUGCUCCAGGUUACAGAUGACCAGUACUAAGGAGCAGGUGGAUGAGGUCACUGACCUCCUGGCCAACUUCACCUCACUCAGUCUACAGAUGCAGAAGAUGGAGAAGAGGUAAUGGGCUUUCAGAUCGUUCCCCUGGUCAACAGGAGAUGACCUGGGGAUGGGCAGCUGGAGCUCAUUGCCAAGAUUAUGGACAUUGCUGCCGGAUACCUUGCUCCUGCUGGAUCCUUCCCCGGUGUAGCACUCAACUCUCAGACUAUCCCCUCCAGUGCUGCCAACAUCACCACCUCCUGAGGUUCCUAGAAGGACAGUUGAAUGCUGGAGCUCCUGACUUUUGGAGCAAUGGGCCCCUCUUUCCUAUCAUCCUGUUCUUGAUCAGAUGAUUUAAUGAACAUGCUGGUUUGCGUGGCAUGUCCCUCUUUUGUGCAUUCUGCCUUCCUCACAGCAUCCCAAGCUCAGAGUGGUUGGCACUCAGAGUGCCCCUGGUCACCAGCCACACCAAGGUGCAUUCAGGCAGUUCCAUCUUUCAGAUGUGCCUUUGCGCACAGAUCUGACUUUACUAGGCACCAUGGGACAUAAUUACCAUAAUUAGUUGCAUAAGAUGAGUAGGUUUGUUCAUACGUUGGGAGACUAUGACUUCCUGUACUCACCAGAAAUGAAGAUGGAAAUUCAGCAGAGUUCACUGAGCAUUUGGUUGGAAUAGGUGGAAUCAGGAAAAAAAAAUCAUCUGGGGUCUUCAUCUUCAACUCCCACAGGUGUCUAUCAAAAAAGGAGUUUUUCGAUGUGAGACAGGGAUAUAAAGCUAUCCGCCGCUAGAUUGCGGCUUCCUGUCUGAUCCCUGCUCAAAUUACUGAAAAUUUCUGACCAGAGAUCACACCAAUGGGUUUGUUAAAAAAAAAAUUACCACCAGAUUAUUACUGUCCAGUUUACAGAGUUUGGGGAGGAGAGGUCAAGAAGAACACUCCUAGUUCAGUUCUAGGCGGAAAAUAUUUAUACCCUACAAAACAGCACCAUGGCUGGCUUCAGGCUUCCCUUUUAUCAGCAGUCUGAGCCAGGAGGAGAUCAGGCCUUGAUUUGAGCCAUUAGCAUAACGCACCUUUCCACCUCAAACAGCUGACGAGUAUCUGAGACCUAAGCCAGAUUGCUAAGACAAGGACAAAUGUACGUUGUUGCUGCCCAUGUUGUUUCUCUAAGCCUUGGACUAAAUUAGAUGCUAGUGUGAAGGUCUACCAAACAGACACAUUUCAUCAGGGCUCAGUUCAUUUGAGGGGAAGGGAUCUUAACUGAGUUUAAUGUGCUGGAUGAACUGUGAUGCCCACAAAAGGCCCAAAAUGGGGAGCAUGAAAAGGACGCAGGGAGUAGCCACAGGAUAGCAUGUUCUUUGACACUUGUUGGGGUGUGGUCAUUUAUAAGAGCUGCAUGGAUUCUGUGCAGCUAGUUCUUUCCCUGAAUCAUGAACAUUCCAAGAUGUGGUUUAGAUCUGGAGGACAACAGGAUCAGAUCCUAUUUAGUAACAGGUGCUUCUCAGUCUGAGAUGAGAUUAACUAGAUGUGUAUAUCCAAAGCGUGGCUUUCGUCCCGACACAUGAAACUUAGAGCAGUCUGUAUGCCCCUGCUGGGGAGGGAAGUUUGGGAUUGACUGUGUUCUGAUUUUGCUGGAGCUGUCACUGUGAAUGUUAAAACAUUGUUCCCACAUGCUGGCUAGAAGAGACACACAGGGGGUGGACGACAAACUGAACUCUUACAUUUUACAUUCAAUAAAAAACUGUCAGCUU